AUGAGCGCUGGCGGAGGCUUUCAGUUCGUCGUGACGACCGCAUCUAAUCCCAGAGUCAAAGAAAAUCAAAGACUGGUACGGAGCCAUAUUUCUCGUAGCCGCUCGAGCCGUAAGGGUCCAAGAGCCUUGACAUCUUGGAUCAAUCAUGAUGUAGGGCUCGGCGAGCAAGCUCAGCAGGACGAUAGCCAUGCCGAGAAGGCUUGCCUCUUCCGUCCUCUUGGUAACGGCCUCUCAUUCAUUCGCUUUCCGGAUAAAGUACACCCGCGGAUUAUCCAGAGCGCAGCAAGUUUAUUACCUAUUCUUGGAAGCGCCAUGUAUCCGAAGGAACUAUGCAUCGAUGAACCAACCAUCGAUGCUGCGUGGGUCGGUUUGUUGCUAAGUGACGCCGCAUACAUCCACGCGAUGGCGUACUCAGCCGAAGCCUACCACGAUAAGAAACUGUGCAGACAGCCCAGUGCCCAAACACAAAAACAUCUCCUAGAAGCGUUACGUCUUCUGCAGAGCAGGCUCUCCAAACCUAACAGCUCCUCUGCCACUUCCGACCCGACCAUCAUGACGAUCGUAAUGCUGGCUUUAGCAGCAGACGUCCUCGAAGACUGGGGCACCCUCGAGAGCCACUUGGAAGGUCUCAAGGUAAUGGUCAAUUUAAGGGGUGGGCUCCCAAACUUGAAAACUACCGCCAAUGAAAUAGCUUUCAAAAUAUGCAGAGGCGAUCUUUCGCACGCCCUACGAAACAAUGGUCGACCCAUAUAUUUCAGAGACGACAUCUCAUGGGAACCUUAUAUAACUGGUUCUGGUCACACUAGCCUAGCAAGGUUCGAGGAUGACAAAGAGCUAUCGAGAAUGAUUCAGUCGUUGGAUACGCGGCUUUACAACGUGUGGACCGACCUUCGCGAGUUCUGCCAAAUGACCAACCUGGGCUGUCAAACGGGGCUGAAACUCCCCCACGGCACCUUCAACGAGAUUCUGCUGUCCGUCUCUUACCGUCUCUCGCACCUUUCGUUUGACCGGUCACCAGCCUCGGAGGCAUUCCGAGUUGGAAUGCUCGCGUUCGCUACAUCAAUUUUCUUCAGUUGGCCGGAACUCCGCGCGAUCAAUGUAUCGGUCAAUCGAGCUUUCCAAGAUGCGCUGUGGAAGCUCCGAUCCUCUGGCGAUCAGUUCAAUCCACUCCUGACCUUUUGGGUCCUCAUGGUCUGGAAGGUCCAGGUUCACAAGGAGGCGCCUGAGAAAUUAUUCGCCGACUGGUUUGGUGAAGUAAAACUGUCGAUCCCCAUAGCGUCAUGGGCCGAGGCGCGGGCCGUCAUGAAACGUGUGCUCUGGAUCGAUAUUCUGUAUGACAAGCAAGGCAAGGCGGAGUUCAACAAGAGUGUUUAA